AAAAAAAAAAAAAAAAAGGAAGGCAGGCCCGGGCUGCUACUGCGCGAGCCCAGCCAGGCCCGGCCCACUUGCUCAGAGCGUGGCUUAGGGGGAGGCACGCCUCCAAUUGGCGCGAAAGUGAUAAAGAGGCGUGGCCGGAAAGGUCCCACCCUGUUCCCCUGGAGUACUUAAGGGAGUUGGCGGAGCGGCUGCACUCAUUGCUCCAAGGCUCGGCCUAGUGAGUGGGUAGCCUGCGCUACUUCUGCGCUACUCAGCGACCUCAUUGCCUCUGCGCUACUCAGCGACCUCGUUGCCUCGGCCACCAUGCCGCGCUCUUUCCUCGUCAGGAAGCUCCCUGACCCUGAUCGGAAGCCCAGCUACAGCAAACUGCCGGACUCGAAUCCAGAGUUUACCUUCCAGCAGCCCUACCACCAGGACCACCUUAACUCCACUGCUUUGCUGCCAACACUCAUCUGGGACGCUUUCCUGGCACUCCAAGCACAACCAACUGCCAGGGCCUCCCUCCAACUGAGACUCCCUCAAGAGAGUUCCAAGGCGGCAGAACUGACCUCACUGUCGGAUGAGGACAGCGGGAAAGGCUCCCAGUCCCCCAGCCCACGUUCACAGCCUGCUUCGUCUUUCUCCUCCACUUCAGCUUCUUCCUUGGAGGCGGAGGCCGAUACCACCUUCCCAGGCUUGGGCCAAGUGUGCAAGCAGCUGGCCCACGUCUCUGAGGCCAAGGAUUCCCAGUUUCAAAAAGCCUUCAACUGCCAAUACUGCAAUAAGGAAUGCCUCAGCCUGGGUGCCCUCAAGAAACACAUCCGAAGCCACACGCUGCCCUUCGCCUGCGAAACCUGCGGGAAGGCCUUCUCCAGACCCUGGCUGCUGCGGGGCCAUGUCCGGACCCACACUGGUGAGAAGCCCUUCUCCUGUCCCCACUGCAACCGUGCCUUCGCCGACCGCUCCAACCUGCGGGCCCACCUCCAGACCCACUUGGACGUCAAGAAGUACCAGUGCCAGGCGUGCGCUCGAACCUUCUCCCGAAUGGCCCUGCUCCACAAGCACCAAGAGUCGGGCUGCUCAGGGGGCCCUCACUGACCCUAGAGGCUCCCUCUUCCUCUCCCUACCAGACACCCUGCCCCCGCCAACCAACAGCCUCCCCAAGCUCCAGAAGGAAGGAGUACACCAUGUCCUCAUGCCACAGAAUUCCCUCCUGAGCGCCCCCAUUUCUGGAUGCAUCAGCCGCACGGGACUUCGAUGAAAACCAUUUUCCGGUUCUGUUUCCUCUGCUGGAUCCUUCAGUGGACUCUGAAAGAGGCCUUCCCGUGGCCAUGUCUGGAUGGCUGGCGGGAGGGCAGCUGGCAGCCCCAGCUUGGGGGCAUUCUUGAACUGGCUUUUCUGCAUGUGUUUGUGUAUUCAGAACUGUUUGGAUACAGCUGUUUGAGCUACAGGACAAGAGCUGACAGACAGUGUCCACCCCAGUCAGGGGACCCUCCCCACUCCCUCCCCGAAGGAGCCCUCAGGCCACCCUCCGCGAGGUUUGACUAUGCAAUAAUCCACCCCCAGUUUCAGCCAUGGGGCCUUCGAAGGCGGUGGCUGACACCAGGACGUGUCAGAGCCUAAGAUGCUCUGGGCCUGAGCAGCUAUUUCAGCUUCCUGUUUGGUGUGGUUGGCACCUGUUUCCCAGGCAAUUUAACAAUGUCUCAAGAGGGACUGUAAGUAAUGGUUGUCACUUGUCGGUGGCCUAAGUGGGGUGCUCUGGUCUGCCCAAUGUAUCUCCCAGAACUAUUUUGGGAACCCAACAGGUAGGCCUGGGAGGAGGAUGUUUACAUUUUUAAAAGUACAUUGGUACUUAUAUUUCAUACAUUUUGUAUCAAGGAAACGUUUUGUAUAGUUAAUGUGUGCAGUGUAUUGAUAUCCAAUAAAGCAAUUUGUGUAUUUUUUAAAAAGAGUAUUCAAGGAGUACCUGAGAAUGUUGUUUAAAAUAAAGAUUCCUGGACCACAUCCUCUGAAAUUCUGGUUUAGGAAGUCUGGGGCAAGACCUGGUGCCUGCGUUUUUAACAACCUGCCUCCUUCGUAUCCUUCUUGGAAGGAAGGAUUCUCAUGAACGUGGUUCAUGGUUAUCUCAUAUGGAGCACUGCUCUAGGGAUUUGAAGUAAUUUAUGGAACUCCCUAAUCUAAUUUACUAACUAGAAACAUUUGGGGACUUUAAAGCGUGGGGCAGAGCGUAACGGGUGAAGAACAACUACCAGCUAUUCCAACGGGGAGGAAAUAAUUUGGUCGAACUAAUAAUAACUGUCUUAACCACAGCAGCCUAGUCAAGAAAACAACAGUUUCACAGGCUCUUAUAAUAUAUCAAAUGAUUUUCACAAAGCCUUGAGGACCUAAAAUUACCCAGCUGGUAGCCAGCCAACCCUAUACUUUGUCUUUUGUUUAUAAAUCCAAGAUUACAGCAUGGGGGUGGGGGAAAAGAAAUCCUGUCAUCUGAGGUAUAAAUGAUAGGCUGAGAGGAGUGGCUUGCGUGCGUCAUGCAUC